GGAGGAACUCCUGUUGCUGACUGGCUGGCAGCCCUGCAAGUGGAAAUAUUCUGAGUGCAGAAGCCAUGGCCUCAGGAAAUAACCUGGUGGAGAAGCUCCAAGAUGAAGUGUCCUGCUCCAUCUGCCUGGAGUAUCUGAGGGACCCUGUGACCAUCGACUGUGGGCACAACUUCUGCUGUGUGUGCAUCACCGACUAUUGUGAGAGGUGGGAGGGCUCCACAAGUGGGGUGUUCUUCUGCCCUCAGUGCAGAGCAGGGUUCCUGCAGACCACAUUCAGGCCCAACAAGCAGCUGGCGAACAUUGUGGAGGGCAUCGAGCAGCUGGCACUGCAGCCAGACAAGGAGCCCAAGGAGAAGCUGUGCGAGAAGCAUGGCAAGAAGCUGCGUCUCUUCUGUGAGGAUGAUGGGGAGGCCAUUUGCCUUGUGUGCGACAAGUCCCGGGUGCACCGCUCCCACACUGUGAUCCCCAUCGAGGAGGCUGCCCAGGACUACAAGAUGAAACUGCAGGAAGCUCUGGAUCUUUUGAGACAAGUGAUGGGGGAGGUUGCAAAACUCCAGGCCCAAGAGGGGAAGAAAACCACCCAGUGGAAGGACAAGGUGAGGGCGCAGAGAGAGGUCAUUGUAGCCCAGUUUGCCAAGCGCCAUCGGGCUCUAGAAGAGGAAGAGCAGCUCCUCGUGUGCCGACUGGAGGAGGAGGAGGAGGAGACCCUGCAGAAGCUUCAGGAGAACGCGGCAUUCCUGGUAGAGCAGAGCUCCAGCCUGGCCCAGCUGAUAACGGAGAUUGAGCAGAAAUGCCAGCAGCCAGCCGCUGACCUGCUCAAGGAUGUGAAAAGCACCUUGAUCAGGAGCCACAGUGUGAAGCUUCAGGAGCCAGAGGCUGUUCACACGGAGCUACAGGAUCCCUAUGAGGUCCCCAGGGUGAGGGAAACACUGCAGAGAUACAGAGUGGACGUGACUCUGGACCCCAACACAGCCAAUGCCUACCUGCUCCUGUCCCAGGAUCGGCGGAGCGUGAGGGUGGGCGACAAGAGGCAGGACGUCCCCAGUAACCCCGAGCGGUUUGACACGUGCACCUGCAUCCUGGGCCGGCAGCGGUUCACAGCCGGGAGGCACUACUGGGAGGUGGAGGUGGGGGACAAGACCUGCUGGACACUGGGGGUCUGUGAGGAGCGUGUGAGCAGGCAGGGAAUAUUCACACCCUCACCAGCGACCGGCUUCUGGACAGUGUGGCUGCGCAAUGGGGAUGAGUAUGCAGCGCUCACCUCCCCCCUGACUGAGCUCAUGCUGAGAGUGAAGCCCCGGCAGAUUGGCAUCCUCCUGGACUAUGAGGCUGGAGAGGUGUCCUUCUACAAUGUGAAUGGUAGCUCUCACAUCUACACCUUCAGCGACACCUUCUCGGAGCCCCUGCGGCCAUACUUCUACCCGGGGGUGCGGGCAGGCGGCCUGAAUGAUGCACCGCUGACCCUCCAACCGGGCCCACAGCAGCCAUGAGCCAGUCACUGUGGCCUUGGCACCUUGGGCUUUCAGGACUUACCAAUGAAAGGCUUUCUUAACAACACAUAAUUCACUGGUGGAACUUACUGCCACAGGGUAUUGAGGGGGACAAAUGUCUAGUGGGAUUCAAAAAUGGAUGAGACACAUAUAUGGAUAAUCUGAACAUCACCAGCUAGAGAGGGCAGGAGACACCAGCAUAGGCGCCGACUCCGCGGGUGCUCCGGGGCUGGAGGACCCACAGGGAAAAAUUAGCUUCCCUCCCCAACUCACCGCCGCUCCGCCUCCUCCCCUGAGCGUGCUGCGUCCCCAC